AUGGCUUCAAUUGGGGUGUUAGAGAUGCUUGGAAACCCCAUCAAGUUGAGUGGUGCAACAAGGUCAGCACCAUUAGCUUCUAGCCCUGCCACCUUUGAGACUGUGGCUCUCUUUGGUAAGAAGAAGGUAGCACCACCUCCUCCUUCAAAGAAAGUUGCUGCUGUUGUCACUCCUGCCAAUGAUGAACUCGCCAAGUGGUAUGGUCCUGACAGAAGGAUUUUCUUGCCAAAGGGUCUCUUGGACCGAUCCAAGAUCCCACCAUACUUGACUGGAGAAGUGCCCGGAGACUAUGGUUAUGAUCCUUUUGGUCUCAGCAAGAAGCCGGAGGACUUUGCCAAGAUUCUGGCUGAAGUUGAAAACCUUGCUGCUAAUUGUAAUGAGACUGAGCUUAAGUUGUAUUAUUUCUGAUUUUUUUUCAAUUUUUAGUUUUGAAUUCGAACUCAAGAUUUAUUUUGUAUUUGAGUAUUAGUUUUUUAAUGUAUAAAACAAUUAUCGCAAAAAUUAUGUCACUAAUUAUUAUUUGAUUUAUGUUGUACUAAAAGUUGCAUACUAUAUUUGUAGG